UAAUGAACGUAGUGUUAUCCAAACUUGAUCCAUUAAUCACAAAAUUUGGACUUGAUAAUACAGAUCAAAUGGAAAUUCUUAAGGGACCAUGCAGCAAAAUCGGAGUUAGACCUGCUCAUGUUGUUUUUAUAUGUGGUUCUGUUGCACUUUUCAGCAUUGUUUUUGGAAUUGCAGCACGUUUUCUCUCCACAUUCAUUUCUAUCCUCUAUCCAGCUUAUAGAAGCAUUCAAGCAAUAGAGUCUUCAGGUAUGUUAUAUAUCCAUAUUUUAGGUGAAAAUGAUGAUAAAUAAUGGUUAACCUAUUGGAUUCUAUUUUCAAUCAUCACUUUAGCAGAUGCCACCAUUGGAUUUGUAUUAGAAUUCAUACCAUUUUAUCAUAUCUUAAAAUUAGCACUCUUUGUUGCUUUAUUCCAUCCACAAAUAAAGGGAGCUGAGAAGUUGUAUGAUUAAGUAUUUUUUCAUUAUAAUUCAUUAUAGUUUGUCCAUCCACUCUAUUUGUAACAUCAUGAAAAAAUUGAUAAAGGUUUCUAAAAGGUUUAAGAGAGAGUUAAAUAAUAAGUGUAAUGAA